UUCCAUCAAUCCUGCGUUGAGAUCGACGUGUACGUACUCAUCCCCUCCCUGGUCGCUGAUUUUUAAGGUUGUCGCGUCCCCCCUGCAUCUCCGCUUUUUCUCUCUUCGCAUGCACGCACGUACACCCCUCUCUCUCUCUAGAUAUCUCUCUCAUAUUUAAUAACCCCACUCGUAGUAGUCCUACCUUGGCCAUCUCCUCCAUUCCCAUCCGCUCGCAUCGCCGUUCCUCCCUCUCCCGACCUCCCCUACUCAACCUACCGCGGGUGCUCUACGACCGACGCGCGGGCGAGUCUCCGGCCAUGGCUGGCUCCGGCACCGUCUGCGCCAUGUGCGGCGACGUGGGCUUCCCCGACAAGCUCUUCCAGUGCGCGCGCUGCCGCUACCGCUUCCAGCACUCCUACUGCACGAACUACUACGGCGACGCGGCGCCCGCCUCGGCCGGCUCCGACAUGUGCGACUGGUGCCUCGGCGACGUCGCCGGGAAGGCGAGGUACUCGUCGGCGGCUGGGACGAAGCUGCAGGGCGCCGGCAGCCAGGAGUCGUCCACGACGUCGAGCUCCUCCGCCGGGAGGGGCAGCAAGGCCAGCGCCGGCGACCAGGAAAGCGGGCGGCGAGGGGCCAAGGCGGCCGGCCGCAGCCCCGCACGGCCGGAUCGAUGGAGUACAGGUGCUCAUCGGUACCGUGGCCGGCGUUAGUGAUGGAGCAGUAAACAAUUCAGUUGUUGCUGUCGCAGUGGUGCUGGUAUUGUUGAUCUCGAGUUCUCUACAACCAGUUUGCUAGUGGCCCCAACAGUGUCGGGAAUCACCGAUACUUCAAAAAAAAAAAGUGCGUAUUGGGGUCAUAUGAUGUAUCCGAUAUCAAUAUAUUUUUGACGCAUCGAACAUCUAUAAAAAAUUAAA